AGAAAAUUACAAAGUUUAAGUCAGUGUUUCACAACUCCCAAGUUACGAGCUGCACGGGCAGAACUUUCUAAGAACUUCUGAAAGUUAUAUUCUGUAGAAAUAUUCCAAGGAAUUUUUCGGUGUGAAAAGACAUCAAAGAAAAACGACUACAAAACAUCUGCAGAAUACCAACACAGAGCUCUUGAGUUCUGCUACUAUGAGUUCUAUGGGCGUUUCCUCAUCGGAAGCCUCUGAGGGCAGUAGUGAAAAAAUAGUGAUAAAUGUCAGUGGGGUAAAAUAUGAGACCUACAAGAGCACCCUAAUGACCCUUCCGGGGUCCCGUCUUGCCAAGCUGGUGGACACUGAGAAGCCUCUUUCAGAGAUUUUUUUUGAUCGCAACCCUGAAGUCUUCGCCCAUGUGCUGCAGUACUACAGAAGUGGGAAGCUUCACUGCCCCACCAACUUGUGUGGGCUACUACUGGAAGAGGAGUUUGCUUUCUGGGGUGUUAGUGGCUCAGAUGUGGAGCCUUGCUGCUGGGCGACAUUUCGACAGAACAAAGAUACCGUAGAGGCUUUGGCUUAGAUUGAACCUUCGGUGAUGGAGAAAAAGGAGGAAGCAGGUCAAAACGACCAAUCCAGCAACUUAAGAGCUUGGCAGCAGAAGAUAUGGGCUCUCUUUGACAAUCCAUAUUCAUCCAUUGCCGCCAAAGUGAUUGCGAUGGUAUCUCUGGUCUUCAUCCUGCUGUCUAUCACCGCAUUAUCUCUGCAGCUAAAACCCAUAUAUCUUUCACAUAAUGGGAACUCAAGCAAAAAUUUUAUAUUGACCUUUCCUGUAGAAUCUCUGGACGCGUUGGAGAUAGUGUGUUCGAUAUGGUUCAUGUUUGAGUUUGUGAUGCGUGCAGGGAGCUGCCCAAGCAAACGGCACUUCUUCAUGAACGUUAUGAACAUCGUCGACCUGCUGGCCCUGUUCCUGCUGUUCUUCUGGUGGUGCCCCCGCGACUACUGUGUGAAGGUGAUGGGCUUUCUGCAUAUAAUGCGAUGUAUUCGUCUCCUUCGCAUCUUCAAGCUGAUGCAGCAUGUGUUCGGUGUGAGAGUUCUUAAUCAUGCGCUUUGCGCCAGUGUGACGACUCUCUGCACGGUCCCUCUAGUACUCUUCAUCUGCACACUUAUCUUUGGUACCAUGAUUUAUUACGCAGAAGUUGACUCUAAUGAUUCGAUCUUCACUGACAUUCCCUCUUGUUGUUGGUGGGCUGUGGUCACGCUGACCACAGUGGGUUAUGGAGACAUGCUUCCUACAUCAGGUCAAGGCAGGCUGGUAUGCUUCCUCUGUGUAAUGGUCGGGGUUUUGCUCAUCAUCCUGCCUGUGCCCAUAAUUGUCAACAAUUUCAUCAAGUUCAGCUCCCUGGUCAAAACAAAGUAUUCAAUGCCCAGAAAGAAGGAGAAGAACAGCGUCGAUACGGUUCCUAUGUCUUCCGCUUAGAGCUGGAAAACAGAAACAGCGGUAUCUGUGAAGGAUGACUGGAGUCUUAAACUGUAGGAAAACACAUCAUUCACUUUUUCAUUUUGAUCAAUGUAGCCAUAAAGCAUUGUGUGAAAAUACAAUCAGAAUAACAGAAAAUAAGCAUUUAUAGUGAAUGCAGACAUAAGGGUCAGGGAAAAUUUAAAACAUAUUCUGACUUUGGUUGCUGAAUAGCAGUUUACACAUGCAGAAUUUAAAUUACAAAUGCAACCAACUUAUUCUAUGAAUGGAAUUAUCAGAUUUGAUUGUGAGGUGUCUGAAUUCCAAUCCCUUUAUUGCGAUGCUACUUAAAUAUUUACUGGAUAUGUAAAUAUUUAAGUAGCAACAGUAUAUUGAGCAACAGUUUCAAAAACACUUUGGAUUUCCAAACAAAAAAACAAUUCAACCGUAUCAGCCAGGCUUUUUCAGAUGCAGAUGUUUGAAUGAAAGCAUUCUAUAUGAAAAUCUGACAUUUUGACACCAAAUUAGAACUGUUGUUUUUUUAUACUCUAGACAUUUCUUGUAUGUAUUUAAACAUGUAUCAUUCAUACAAGAUUUCUGUUGCGGCUAAUACCUUGUUGGUGUUUUUUGCAUGUGUACACUAAUUUUGUGUUUUUA